UCUUACCCGGACAUAUUUUGAAGGCACACUCUUCACGAUGGCAACGUGCACCAAAGUUAACGCUGAAGUUGAAGAAAAAGAUGACCCUGGAGCUGCUCCUUAUGGAAACUUUAUCAACUAUUACACCUUUAAUCCACCGGAGAACCGUCUGAGCCUGAUUCCUGCCACAUUACUGCAGGAUUUAGGUUACAAAGACGGCCAUCAGAACACACUGAUCCUGGACGUGGGCUGUAACUCGGGGGAACUGAGUGUGGCCUUUUACAAACAUCUGGUGCCUGUGUCUGAAGAAGUGUCAGACAGGAGGAAAGUUAAUAUUCUGGGCUUUGACUUGGAUGAGAUUCUCAUCGAACGAGCUCAACAGAACAACCCUCUGCCCAGCAACAUCACCUUCAUCCCUCUGGACAUCACUAAAGACGAUGAUCAACUGCAGGAUUACCUCAACCAGCACGGCAGCUCCCACUUCCACCUUUGUCUGUGCCUGGCCGUCACCAUGUGGGUGCACCUGAACCACGGAGAUGCAGGUCUGCUGCAGCUGCUCUCUCGCCUGGCCUCCAUCAGCCAGCACCUCCUGCUGGAGGCUCAGCCCUGGAAGUGCUACCGCUCUGCAGCCCGGCGGCUGAGGAAGCUGGGCCGCUCAGACUUUGACCACUUCAAGAGCCUGAAGAUCCGAGGGGACGUAGCAGAACAGGCCAGGGAGCACCUGGAGAGACACUGUGGCAUGGAGGUCAUCCAGAGCUUCGGCAGCACCACAUGGGAUAGAAAGCUGCUGCUCUUUAAAGGAAGAUGAGAUUUUUAUCUGCUGCACAAGAGCUGCAGGUAUAUAAUCAUGAAGACCAAAAUAAACAGUAUCAGGAACGACAGAAAAGUAAAGAUGAAUAGGCUAAUGAUCUGCAAUGAUAAUAAAGGUUUAUUGUUAAAGUUACUAUAAAAAAAGGCCAAAACAUUUCUGGCUUCAGCUUUUCAAAUAUGAAGAUCAAGGUUAAUGUCCUUAAUUAAAGUAAAAUGAGUA